ACUUCACUUUUCCUUCCUUGUGUGUUUCUUCGUAGUCUUUAAUCUUUCACUUUACCGUGUGCUAGUGAGAUACGAUAAGCCAAUUUCUUCUAUCCUGCACAACAACAUUCGACCUUCUUUCAACCAACACAGCGACGAAUCAAUUACUACAACUCUCGCCAUGGCUAUCUUAAAAGAGAGCGGUAAUGAGUACGAGGUUCAGAUCGUCAACGCUGUGACAGGCCAGUCUUUCAAGGAGUAUGUUAAGCUAGGAGAUCGAGAGAAGCCCGAGGACAGAGAAGCUGAGCGUUACAUCACCUCGUAUCCUGGCAUAAUGUUCAAGAUUCAGAUCACUUUGAAGACCGGCUUUUGCUUCAAGCCAUUCGAUGCAGUUGAGGCAAAUCUUUACUUCAAGGGACAGAGUAGUGACUGCAGUCUGGCAGUUUUGAAUGACCCAUACCCGGAUCAUAAAUGCACCAAAAAAGAUCUGAGGAUGGAAAUCGCUUGUGUAAACAUGAGUAACUACGGUAAAAAUCUCAUCGGCGCUCCAUUGGUCUUCAAGGAACUCCAAAUCGAUGAAAAGCUGUCGGGUCAGACUGAUGUAGUGGGCGUUAAUCCUGUCGAUCUCGGAAGCUUUUACGUCAGGCUUAAUCGUCGGAAAAUUGCCGCAAUGCCAAACAAUUACCUUUCAAGGGACACCGCCACAGCUUUGUGGAAUGCCGAGAAGGUAGACAAGAUGAGCUUCAAGAAACAUGGGAUCACGAACUCUAUUGGGUUGGGUCAAAAUCGAAUAUCAACUCAAGAAUCUGUGGUUUCCUCCUACAAGUUCCAUACCUCGGAUUUCCUCACAUUUCAUUUCACCUAUCGUAAUCUCGAAAUUCUCGAUCGUUUGAAUGUUGUCCCUUACCCGCCUCCCCUUUAUUACAAUCUUUGGGGGUCUCUUAGUGACAUAGAGCGUCGGUUUACCUUGAGAGAAUUACAAAAUCUUCGCAGAUCUCGUAGAGAGUUGUCCCCUAGCUUCACACUUAAGCAUCAUAAGCCUGAAGAAUGGCGUUCUUGGAAUGAUAUGCAACCAUCAGAGAGAGAAAUUUUGUUCUUGAACUUGCAGAAAGAACAGAGCGAUUUCGAAAGAGGGGUACUCAAGGAGAACUUCUCCGAUUUACCUGCUUACAGACCGGCCGUUCUGUAUAAUGAUGGCACUGCCCAGCAAUUUACACAUCCUCGCAAAGUGGCCGAAAUCAAACGCAAAGCUCAAGGUUCACCGAACGCAAUCAAGAGGGAGAUGAAAACCUCAUACGAAGUUUCCAAUCGAAAUUCCAAGUCCAAGAUAAUCCAUGAGAAUCAGAUAAAGGAGGGUUCUAAUUUGAAUCAUGUAAAUCUUCCCUCUGACGAGCCGUUGGCGAAGAGACAAAAGAUCGCGCAGGAGCCAACCUAUGUGAAUACGGUUGAUAAUGUUAAGAUUCAGAAAGAACCAAUAGACGUUCGUACACUCGACGACAAGACUAUGGUCCUCACGAAGGAAGCAGCACUAAAGUAUAAUCUGACGGAGCUCGUAGAUGCUGUAGUCCAGCUGAAACCAUCAUCACCAGGUGCUGACCUCGAGGUUUCAAUUUACUGGGAGAUGGCGGAAGAAAUAUUGCGACAAACUGUUGCUGAGUUCGUGCGAAUCAGAAGAUAGGAGAGGCAUCAUAACUGUCAUCGCGCAGAUGUGGUGUGGAGACAAAUGUUCGGAAGUUGUGGCUCGGAUGUAGCUUAAGAGGGCAACUAGUGUUGGUGCAAAUCAUGGCUCUUGUAGGAUUCGGUUACACCA